UAAAGCUAACAUGUAAACCAAUAAAAUAACUAAUCACCACAUAAUUAAGCCAUCUAUACAUUUUGUCGGCUAAUUAAACAAGAAAAUGUCAGCAUUGACUUUAACUAAUCACAAUAUAUAUUUAUUAUUUAACCGUUGAUCGAACAUCACCUUGUGAUUUAUCAAAGUUACAUCUCUUCACAAAUUAAAACACUCCCUUUAUACUAAUUUUUAUAUCCUCUCGAUCAUAUACAAAAAUGAAUAGAAAAUACUCGGAUCGUCGAUCAUAUUCAUGGUCUGGACAAGCAAGACCAUACAUAUGCGAAUUUUGCGAGAGGGGUUUCUCCAACGCACAAGCUUUAGGAGGGCACAUGAAUAUCCACAGGAAAGACAGGGCAAAGCUGCGACAAGCGAACCUAAAAGAAGAUGACCGUGAAGACUCCACAUGCACCACUUCGAGAAAUCGGUUCGAGCAAGACCUGACUGAACUGCCUUUCUUCGUUGAUUCCACGGUCGGUUCAUCAACAAAACAAGACAAAAAUACAAGUGGAGACUAUUUGGGAGGUGAAGAGAAGAAAAUGAUGAAACUUCAAAAUGCUUUGUCCCACAGUGCAGAAGUGAUAGAUCUUGAGCUUCGUCUAGGACUAGAUCCUUAUAAGAAAUCACCAAGUACGUAAUAAUGUGAAUAGUAUAAUCACCAAGUAAAUAUUCCCUCUAUUUCAAAAAGAUAGAUGUUUUAGAAAAGAAAAUUGUUUCACAAAGAUAGAUAUUUUAUGUUUUCUACGAAAAAAUUGUAAAAUAAAAAAAAAUUAAUUGAUUUUAUUAAAUUAUUAUUGGUUAAAAGAUAUUGAAAAAUUGAAAAUUUCAUAAAACGAUACAUUUAUUAUAGUGAUUUAAUAUGUUUUCUUAAUAUGUGUGAAAACGUUAGAAAAUCUAUCUUUGUGAACCGGGGGGAGUAUCUAAUAAUCUGAAUAGUUAGAAUUUGUUUUGUUCGUUUGAUUAUUUAUAGAUGUCUUGAUAUUACAAUAAAACUAACAUUUAUGUACGUAAAGUAUCUGAUUUUGAUGCGUUUUUAUCAUUAGUUUGUUAACACAAUGGUUUAUCAUCAUAUUAUACGAAAUAAAUUAAUGAUUUCGAAAGGAUCAAUAAAAUUAAUAUAAGAAUCAUGCCUCGAAUCAGAGGCUUAUAUCAUUUAUUUUAGGGUUUCUACUACGAUCGG